AUGCUUAGCGGGAGGGUUCUGGCCUCUUCUGUUCAUCUACAGGCUGCCUCACCUUCUCUCACGGCUCUUCAGGCCUGCAGGAGUCUUGUCGACAACCUUGGAACGAUCGUAGCAUCACAGGUUGAUCGGUCUCCCAGCUCUCACCUACAGACCAUGAGGCAAGCCUUGUUGGUAUCAGGUCAGUUCAAGCCUAAAGACGCCAAAGAGACACGUUCAUUUGUAUCUGAUUUGAUCGAGGUCCAAGACAUGCUCGCUUCUGCUGGGAUGGUGAAUCUCAUGCCUCCACAGUCAGAAAGACUGGUGAAGUUGGCCCGGAUGGAUGCUGCACGAUAUUAUGAUGGACGUAAGGAGAACCAAAUAGUAAAAGCCCUUGCGGGUUUUGGUAUGCCGGCUGAAGUGGUGUAUACUUCCCCAAGACUCAGUCAUAUAAAAGUAGCAUGGAUGAAGGGUGCUUUGGUCAUUCCCCAAGAGGGCUGCGAUGAAGAGAGUCUCCAGCGUUACGCUAGGCGAAUAGCGGAGACCGAGGUCUGUAAGGUUGCAAUUCUGGAUAAAUGGGAUACUGCUAGCAAUCAGAGGCACUACCUCAAGAACGUCCUUGUAGCCUUGCAGCAGGCUGGCCCUGUAAAGAGGCCGGAUAAAUUUCAUCAGUCAAAUUGA